AUGGCAGCGCAGAACAGCACCCCGUGGGAUGGAUACAAUCUCGACACCAACUACUAUGAGACUAUUCCAGACACCGGUGUUGUCCGGGAGUACUUUUUCGAUGUCGUCAACACAACCGCUGCUCUCGAUGGAGUCGAGAGGCAAGUACUCCUCGUCAAUGGACAGUUCCCCGGCCCUACCAUUGAGGCCAACUGGGGAGAUACUGUCAAGGUUCAUGUCACCAAUCGCAUGCAGAAUAACGGCACCGCCAUCCACUUUCAUGGAGUCCGACAGCAUUACACCAACCAAAUGGACGGUGUGGCGGCAGUGACCCAGUGCCCGGUUCCACCCGGCUCCAGCUACACAUAUAUAUGGAGGGCUGAAGAGUACGGGUCGAGUUGGUACCAUUCACACUUCUCUAUUCAAGCCUGGGAAGGCGUCUUCGGAGGCAUUGUGAUCCACGGUCCUGCCACAGCAGAGUACGACCAUGACCUGGGGUCCCUGUUUCUAAACGACUGGUCACACGUGACAGUUGAUCAAAUGUAUAUGGGGGUCUUAGAGACUAAUGGGCCGCCUACAUUCCAGACCGGAGUUAUCAACGGAACCAACAUCUGGGUUAAUCCAGAUGGCUCGAUCGUCGGAAAGCGCUUCCGUACCGAGUUCGUUCCGGGACAGAGAUACCGCAUCCGACUGGUCAAUGCCGCCAUGCAUACACACUUCAGAUUCUCCAUCGAUAAUCACAACCUCACCGUGAUCGCCAAUGACUUCGUGCCUAUCGUGCCUUUCACAACGAACAAUGUCCCCAUCGGCAUGGGCGAGCGCUACGAUAUCAUCGUUACAGCAAACCAGGUCCCGGACAAUUACUGGAUUCGAGCAGUUCCCCAGUCCUUCUGCAGCAAUAACGAGAACCCUGACAACAUCAAGGGCAUCCUCAGCUACCAGGGAGUCAAUGACACCUCCGACCCCACAUCUACGAAGCAGGAUUACCCCGACGACGUUCAGUGCGUGGACUUCGAAUUAUCCCAACUUGUCCCCUGGCUUGCCCUCGAUGCAAAUGUUACAGACUCCCAGGCGCGCACAUCUAACGUCUCAUUUACACCCUUCGGCGAAAUUCCAAUCUACUUGUGGACUCUGGGUGGAAACGCCCUCAAUAUCUCGUGGGUCGAUCCCACGCUGCGACAGACUUUCGAAGACCCCACCAAGAUGAACUGGCAACCAAGCCAAGGUGUCAUCGAGGCGCCCAUUCCAGACGAGUGGACUGUGAUCAUCGUCCAGACUGAUCUCCCCGUCCCUCACCCGAUCCAUUUACAUGGCCACGACUUCUACGUCCUCGCCCAGGGCUUCGGACCAUACAACCCAGAUACUGUCACCCUCCAGACCAUGAACCCCGUCCGCCGCGACACCGCUAUGAUGAUUGCCUCCGAAGACGCCGGCGGCGGCCACGUCGUCCUUGCUUUUCCGGCCGAUAACCCGGGCGUCUGGAUCAUCCACUGCCACAUCGGGUUCCAUGCCACCCAAGGAUUUGCGCAGCAGGUCGUCGAGAUCCAGAGUGAGAUUAGCACGUUCUUCAAUCAAUCGUUGCUGGAGGACACUUGUUCGGCGUGGGAUGAGUAUGGUAGGGUCAACCCGUACGGGGACCAAUACCGUGGGCUUUAUGGGCCGUAUGAGUCGGGGGUUUGA